UGAAACGCAGUGCGAUGGCAAACACAAACAGAUAGUAGUUCAACAGCCGCAGUUAGAAAUAAAUGAAGUCUCACUAAUAGCUACAUUUCGUUGUUAUUCGCCCAUAUUCACGCGGAAUGUCAUGCCCAUUCAAUCACUCUGCGGACCCAAACCCCGCAGUGCUGCCACUGGACUGGCUCCUAGGCACCUGGCAGUCCGACGAGCCUGGCGAGGGGUCAUUCCCCUCCAUCGCACCCUUUCGGUACACGGAGACUCUUCACUUCUCACAUGUAGGACAGCCUGUCGUCAACUUCAUGUUUAAUGCAUUCCAUGCCGAGAGCAAAAAGCCUCUCCAUAGGGAGUGUGGAUUCAUCAGGCUGCAGCCAGGCACCAACAGGGUGGCCUUCAUCGUUGCACAGAACUCAGGACUGGUAGAGAUCGAGGAGGGGGAACUGACCGGACAGCAGUUGACUCUACACAGCACUGCUCUGGCCAGAACAUCAUUUGCCAAGCAGCCUCAUGUUCAGCAGAUCUCCAGGCACAUUCAGUUGCGUGCGGAUGGACGUCUGGAGCAGACUGUGUGUAUGGCUCUGGAAGGACAGCCUCUAACGCAGCAUUUGCACAUCACGUACCGCAGGACUGAGUAACUCACUGUCAUGUGGAAGGAAAGGUGUGUUUCUGAAGAGCACUUCAGUUUAUGUACAAGUCUGACAUCAAAUAUUGAUUUAUAUAUUGUAACAGUGAUAUAUGUAUGGUUAUCAACAUCAUCUAAGGUAGGAGAUGUGAACUGAUCCAGUCUUUUAAAAAGAUAUGCUUUGGAAAUGUUGUUACAAAUAAAGUUUUUUUUUUUUUUUUUAUAAUGUAUACUAGAGAUACCAGAAUAAACCUAUGAAUGUCUCUUUACAAAUUGAAAUUGUUUUAAGGUUGUUUAAGGCAUAUUUUGUUUUUGAUGAGCAUGUUGUUGGUUUUAGGAUCCGUUUCCAUAAGAUUAGGUUUACAGAUUAGGUGUUAUUAAAAUGUCUCCCAGGAAUACAUUUACUCUCCAGUAAAAGUGUAUGAAAGAGGAAACUUUGAAUGUUUAACAUGUUUAUUAUAUUUAACAAUAAUUCAGGGAUACAUCAUUUUGCUAAAAGAAAAUAUACAGAGUAAUAA